UACCCAUCUCCCAGAUUGUCCUUCCAGACUCUUGUGAUCUUGGUCCUUCAAGGCUGAUCGAUCGGACAUUGAUCUGUGAUCCUCGACUCGUCGAUAGACUGUAUCACUUCCCUCUGAACGCACCCUUCUCGCAGGGUCAUACUCGACAACUCUCCGGAUCUGGCUGAAUAAUUCACACGGGGGUAUGUUCAUGUCCACGAAUCCACUUUGCACAAUGCCAUUGUGUCCUCCAAAGGUGGCGAAAGGAGGCCAUUACAUCCAUCAUCACUAUCUGUCCCUCGAAGAAAUUCUGUAAUACCACUGACUGUGGAAUCGUGCAGACCAACCUCGGUAUCAACAAGUCUCUUGGUUCAUGGGGUGUGGAAAAUCUUGCUUUGAUCGUUAGCUGAGAGAAGGGAGGAGAGCCAAGCAUGGCAUGCGCUACAUCUCCUGGGACGGUAGAACGAGGUAUUGAGGCUCUGGUCGGCAGAUGGGAAAACAACUGACUCGGGCGUGCAGGUGCUUCCUAUCUAUCGUCUCCGGACACUCCUUCAACCGCUUUUCCCGAACGAUUGAUUCGUCCUCUCCCUAAACGAUCGAUCAAGUCUCGUUUGUCUCAAGAGGCCGCUGAUGCAAUUACCUACCCUCCCUCAUUACCCUCGACGACUCUUCCCGCAUAUGCUCAUUAUGGUGAAAACGGGGAUUAUCCGAAUGACAGCAAGGUAUUAGUCCACCAUCACAGUGAUGGGUACGAUCAUGACCAUGACCAUGACCAUGAUCACGACUCAGACCACCAUGAUCAUGAUUGCCCGCAUCAUCAUCAUCACUGCCACCAUGACGACUACGAUGAUGAUCUCGACGACCUAGACGGCAUGCUCCCUAUCUCUCAUUAUCUAUCCUCAUCCCCGCGAAGUGGAAGGCAUACUAGAUACUCUAAAGGCAGCAUAUCAGGACCAGACGGCUACGAAGCAUUUGAAAACACAAACAAUAAAAAGAAACGAAAAAUACCAACAUCCGGCAAUUUGAAUCUGCACCAUUCCAACAUGACGAGUGAAUUUUCGCACAUGGGCAUCAACCCCGACAGCCCCUCCGACGAUGCUCAUUACAACGUGAAAAAUGCAGCUGGAAAUACUGGUCUUGGUCUCCAAGGCGCUGGCAGAGGUCGUAAUGCGAGAAAAUUUUCAGGAAGGAACCCAUUGGGCGUUUCGGUCAACGGCUCCAACGCUCGAUCUUUUCCUUCCAAGUACGACCAAAACAUGAAUAGCAAUGCCAAAGCCGAGGACACCAAAGACCAAGGGAUCAUUUCUGCAGCAAUUGCAAAUGCCACUGCUUUGCUCAGAAAGCCGCUGAGCAAAGGCCAGGAGAAUGUGGGUGUUCUCGAUCAGCAAGCCAAACAAGCACAUUCAGCCUCGCAAUUCACCUUCACGUGCGAGACGGACGCCAAAGGUGUGACCUUUCCAGAGCAAAGCCUGUACUCUCCAGGGUACAACCAGCGCAACGUAGCGCCACAUGCACAAUCAGGCGCCACCUCAAAGAGUGGCCAGGCAGCCCAGUCCAGCUUGCCCGCGGGUAACUCUCAGGCACAUACGACUGCCCCUAACGCGGCCAGUGCGAACGCGCAGGGCAAGAAGCCGCGGAGAAGGAAGGGAGAUGUGUAUGUUCUGGCAGCUCGACAGCGACGACUUCAGCAAGAGUAUAACAACCUCCAGCAUCCUCCCGCGCCCGAAGACAUCUGGAUAUGUGAGUUCUGCGAAUAUGAGAGCAUUUUCGGAGAGCCGCCACAUGCUCUGAUUCGCCAGUAUGAAAUUAAGGAUCGAAAAGAACGGCGUCGAUUGGCCGAAAAGAGGCGGUUGUUGGAAAAGGCCAAGCUCAAGGGUAGGAAAGGGCACCGGAAGCUCAAGAAGUCAUCGCAACCUCAUCAGCCGAGUGCGCCAGACGAGCCUUUGCCAGAAUUCGCAGACAAUCAUCUGGAUCAGCUUGUGGAUGAUGGCUUGGAUGACACGUAUGACGAUCCAGUCCCAGUGCAAGCUCCAGCAGCAUCAGCAAACACCAAACAAGGGGGAACAGGAGGCGCGAUUACCCACAGCGAUAAAGCUGGCGGCGGAACAGGAGGCGGUGGAGGAGGAAUACGAUGACAUUGGGCUGUUUUGAGGCUCUGUCCGUUUUCCUUCUCCUCCCAUUCCUGCGUCGUUACUUUUUUGUUCCCGCUGGCUUUCGGAUCUACAUUGGUUCUUCUGGUCGUUUGUGGUAGUUUCUUUUGCGCUGGUUUUGUUUUCCUUCUUUUUCCAUAACCCCCUUAGCAUAGCUUGCACAUACUCCUCUCAGUAAAUAAUGCUGUCGUCUAGAUCCAAGCAUGUUGGAAUCAUUUUCAUGUGUUAGUGUGACAGAGAUACCUGACUGGAAUGUUAAGGUAGCUCCAUACAUAGAUUUUUUUUCUUAGUCAGGGAUCAAGAGUGGAUUGUGAGGGAAGAUCCGCUGGUGCAUAUCCAUAUGUAAGGGAUGCUGACAAGAAGCGACGUCGAAUCGCCAGAGCCGCAUUGAAUUAUGACCUACGGAGGACCUACAAUAGGUACGAAAUACGAGAGCGACCACUCAGCCACGUUUUCUUCACGCGCUGAAUGAACGGAGUACGAG